AUGGCUCUGGCUCCAUCCUCGUUGCUGCUCUUCCUAGUCUCGUCGUCGGUGUGGGUGGCCUUAUCCUCACCAUCGCCGGUGGCGGCAGCAGAUGGGCAAGCAGGAGGAGAGCAGUGCCCGCCCUUUGCAUGCGGCGACGUGACCAUCUCCUUCCCGUUUGGGCUCAUCCCAGAGGGCGCCGAGCAGACCAACUGCGGCGCCGGGAUUGGGUUCCAGGUUCGUUGCUAUCACAACCACAUCCCAUACCUCCAAUACUCUCAGAGCGAUAUCAGUAUGCAGAUCCUCAGCAUAUUUUACCACAACCGCUCCUUGCUCAUCGCAGAUAGACUAGCAUAUUUCACUAGGUCUAGCCCCGAAGGGUGCCGCAUCCCGACAGCCAACACCUCGUCCCGUCUUGCUCCUCCGUUGUCGGUCAGUCCCGUCAAUCAGAACCUCAUCUUCUACAACUGCACCAAGCCGCCGCCGCCAGGCGCGGGGCUCGUGGAGGCGGUAUGCCACAAGAACACGUUUGUUCGUGCCGCCGAUGGGCGUCCCGACGAGUCAGCAGGCACAGCUACUUUUUGGACGACUGCAACGCUACCAUGGUACCGGUGCUUGGGGUGUCCGGCAAGGUGA